GUUUCACUUCCAGUUGGGCUGGCGGCUGGGCUGUGCUCUCAGGCCCAGGGCACAGGCGACAGGCAGAAGGACCCCAGCUCUGCCCGGCUCUGUGGGCCCAGGAGGCAGGACGGGGGCACGGGACAAGGGGACAGGAGGGCGGAUGGGCCGUGCCCAGGCUCCUGAAAGGACCAUGAAUGAACAGGGCUCCCCAGAUGAGUGGAGCGGAGCCGAAGGCGUGGCCGAGCUGCUGCAGGACCUGGGGUGGUACCACAGGGACCUGUCCCGCCACGCGGCUGAGGCGCUGCUGCUCUCCAACGGCCGCGAUGGCAGCUACCUGCUGCGCGACUGCCAGGACCGGCCUGGCCUCUAUGCCCUGUCUGUCAGGGCCAAGGACUCGGUCAAGCACUUCCACGUGGAGCACACCGGCCACUCCUUCAAGUUCGGCUUCAACGAGUUCACGUCGCUGCGGGACUUUGUGACGCACUUCGCCAAUGAGCCCCUGAUCGGCAGCGAGACAGGCACGCUGACCGUCCUGAGACACCCCUACCCACGGUGUGUGGAGGAGCCGUCCAUCUAUGAGUCGGUGCGUGUGCACGCGGCCAUGCAGACGAACCGGACAGAGCGCGACCUGGUGCCCUCAGCCCCUGCGCUGGGCACCAAGGAAGGCUUCCUCACCAAGCAGGGGGGGCUGGUCAAGACCUGGAAGACGCGGUGGUUCACUCUGCACAGGAAUGAGCUGAAAUACUUUAAAGACCAGAUGUCCCCAGAGCCCAUCCGGAUCCUGGACUUGACCGAGUGCUCAGCCGUGCAGUUUGACUACUCACAGGAGAGGGUGAACUGCUUCUGCCUGGUGUUUCCCUUCCGCACCUUCUACCUCUGCGCCAAGACUGGAGUGGAGGCGGACGAGUGGAUCCGGAUCCUGCGCUGGAAGCUGGCUCAGAUCCGGAAGCAGCUGGGCCCGGGUGAGGCCACCAUGCGUUCCCAGUCCUUCAUCUUCAAGUAGCCCUCACCGACACGACACGGACGGCCACCUGGGACUCUCAAAACCAGUGCAAGCAGGUGCCGCUCUGUGACUUUCCAGAGGUGGGGCGGCUGGCUGACUUAUCUCUGGGAUCCAUCGUCCCCGUGGGACCCCAGCACCCACACCGCCUGCGGUGCUGGGGUCCCGGCUGGGUUUGUCGCUCAGAGCGCCUCCCGCACCCAGUGUGACCUUGACACUGCCUCUGGAGGUGCCCAGCCGCUGUGCUCCGUCCCCCUUCUGUGAGACGCCGGGCGGCUGCUGGACUAAAACAGGGAAUGUUUACGGCGCCGUUUCUCCAUCAGGCUCCAGCAUCUUCCAGAAAGGGGGCGAGACGAGUGGAUGUCGGGGGUGGGGGUCCUGGGGUGCUCCGAAGAGAGUGGCCCUGAGCUGUCUCACAACUGUCUCCUAAUGGCUGAGGAGGGUCGGCCCCAGGGUGCUCGGCAGUGGCUCCUCAGCUUGGCCAAGAGGAAGGCACUGACCCGUGUCCAGAGCAGGUCAAGGUGCUAGGAGGCAACCCGGCACACUGCUGGCGCUUUUCGACUCGGGUUCAAGAGGGGACAGUGCAUGGCCCACAGGACAGGACUGGACAGCCCAGCCGGGUUCAGCUUGAGGCCUGUCAUCUGUCAAGCAGCUGGGCCAGCUCUCGGGGUCUGUGGCUGGCAGCCGGUGUGGAGGGCAGCCCGUCCACCUUCCCGGGGCCACGGCGUGGGUGUGGUGGUCCUGCUCACUGGUAAGAUGGGUCAAGUCUAUUUAUGCUCUUCAGUUACGUUUAUUAAAAAGCAUGGUUUUCGGUGCCUGAA